UUGCGCGUGCACUCCAGUAAAAUUCACAUAAAAAUCUUGCAUCGAACGGCGUCUUGUAAGCCAAGUUGAGUGUACACCGGUGUGCACCUAAGUUGUAUAUAAAUAGUGUUUAAAGUCGACUGUAAACGUUCAUAAAACAUCCCGUGGUGUGUCACAGUUGUCAGCUUAUACGAUUUUAUGAUGUACGCGCGACGGUAUUAAUGGCGUUCGUUAUACAUUGAAAUCAAUCUCGGCAUCCAGACGACCACGAUGACGACGACUUGCUUCAACCGAUGGCAUCACGCUAACAACACAGUCAAUCAUCAAAUGCGAUUGUGUAAGAAGCGCCGCCGAUUUAAAUUCCAGCGUUAUCGCCAAUGCGGAUCGCUCGCGCCGCAGCCAAUCUAAGAUUCCGCACGCGGUGCUGGCGGUCGACGUCGACUCACCAACACACACAUACGACAACGCGCAUCGAUACAUCGGCAAGCGUUGCAAGCACGCAGAGCAAUUGACGACCACGACGUACCAAGCGCGGAUCUGAUUCGAGUGCGUCAUGAUCUCCGAUUACGAGGACGACGACCACUAUUGCAUCAAAUGCCACGUCACCAUCGCCGGGCUGGAGAAUUACAUCCAGCAUCGGAAGGCGAAUUGCACGAAGACAAUAGUAGUGGUGCCCAAAUCACCGCUGCCCAGCCAGCUGCUAGCUCCGGAUGAUUCGUUCGGCUUGAAAGCGGACGACUUCUUUUCGUCACUGGAGCUGCAGAGCAGCAAUAAGAAGCAGGCGAUGCCCUCAACAAGUGGGAAAACGAUCAGCGGCAUCUUGACGCGCAGCAAAACAUCGGCCGUUAUUCAUGCGUCCACUAGUACGAGUGGUGGUAGUAACAGUACCACCGCUGCGACCACUCAGCAGUUGCGUGAAGUUGAUGUGCAACAGUCCAAGUCCGGCAAACACGCUUGGAUUGGUGGGCAUCAACUGAAGGAGCUCGGUACGGGCGAUAACCAAACGAAAUUAAUCAAAGCUGUUGAUAAUCUCAGCCGGACGGCUUGCUUGAAGAAGUAUGAACCACCCACUGAUGCGCCCAUCGUCGUCAGUGGUUACAAUGAUGCUUCGGAUGAAGAGAGUGACGAGUAUGAUUAUGAUGAUGAUGAGGAGGAUGAUGAGGAGGUGCCUCGUAACUACACGGGGGGCAAGUGGAUGCCCGAAUGGAAUUAUUCCAAGGCUGCAGGGCAAAAUCACACUAAAGGCCAGUGGAAAUCCGGAUCACCUCAUGAAACAAAUGUUCCUCCUCCAAGCUACACACGUGGAAAAUGGAAGCCUUCUAAUCUCAAAGAAUCUGACCAACAAGACGAGCCAAAAAUUAAAAAGCGCACAAUCGAGGAAAUCCCGCCGUUCCGCAAGUCAAACGGUAGCGUUCAGUACUGGUGCAAUCCGUGCAAUCGGCUGCUAUCAUCUAAGAUCGUCUAUGAGCGGCAUUUGCGUUCGGAGCUGCACUCUAAGCGCACCCUGCUCGAGGCCGAGUUCGACGACACGACGACGACGACGUCUUCGAAGACAACGACAGCGAGCGCAAGUACGUCGGCAACGCAUUUGAAUACAAACCGCGAUAAAGAAGCGAAACGAACAAUACGUAAACCUGUUGAAUAUUGGUCGCAUACCGGCGCGACGAACGAAAACAAUAAAGACCCUAUGAAAAAUACAGCCGACGCGAGUGCCGGCGCAGUCGCCGCCGAUGCUGCGGCGGAAUCGGCGACAUCGGUAACGACAAGCAAUGCAUCGGUAACGAAGACAGCAGCUACGGCAGCCACUGUAACCGCACCAACGCCGAUCACAAUGACAAUGGCCGCGUCGGCGACGAAGAAGCGAUUUCGCAGAAAAAUCUACGCGAAAUGCGAAGUAUGCCUCGCUCGCGUAACCUCGCAGAUGAUGGGAAAGCACUUAAUCUCUCAUUAUCACUGCCGCAAAGGGGACAUAACUCGGCCGGAGGCAAGGCAGAUGGUGCUCGAUAACAUACAAGCCGUUGUCCUGCAAGCCCCAUACCAAUGCGCCGCGUGUAAGUUUUAUUGUAAUACGCACGAUUACUUCUUGCGACAUUGGCGCAGCUAUGAACAUAUCGAACAAGUGCUAGAGAAUGGCGGUAUUUUGACGUGUACAUUUUGUCGAUUUUCGUGUGUCAGCGAACAAUAUGAAGUGAUGUACUCACAUCUCAACUCAGAAGAACAUGAAGAAGUGAUAUCAGUAAUUAAUAGAUCCGUGCCUAUUGUAAUCAAGAAUACUGAACCAAUAGAAUGUGGAACAUGCCAGGAAUCUUUCACGUUAAACAUUCAAUUGCGUCAACAUUGUUUGUUAACCAAUCAUCCACUCUCGGGAACUGCUACGGAUGAAUACCAAAAGAAGAAAUACUGUAGAGUAUGCCAGAAAAAUUUUUUCUCUUCUGUUGCUCUGCAGCGCCAUCUCAAGGUCCACAACGCAAAAAUGUUUUUCUGCAGCCGAUGUGAUGUAGAAUUUUCUACUGCGGAAGAGAUUGCUAAGCAUAGAAUCACUUCCUUGCACAAGCAAAAACUACCAGCAUUAAAGACGUGCGAAUAUUGCGCUUCUUCAGAGACUUUUGAUAAUUUGCACCAGUUUAAAAUCCAUAUGCAAAGUAACCAUCCAGAGCUAACUAACGUCUGUCCGCAUUGUGCUCGUAAGUUUACAUUCGCAAAAGAAUUGUCGGUGCACAUCCGUAGUAAAUCUUGUAUGAUAACACCAAAAUUGGAAUUUGAUGAUAAACCACACAAAUGCGAUCGCUGCAUGUUUGGUUGUGCCACUCUGUCGGAACUUCUCUUCCACCAAGCCUUACACACUAAACCGGUACGCAAUGAAGUUUCAAAACAGAUGUAUUACAAGUGCUCUCUUUGUGAUAAAUUCUUUCCGAAGUCAUCACUGCGCUAUCACAUUCAGAAUCACACAAAUGAGAAGACCUAUAAGUGUUCAAAGUGCGACGCGAGAUUUGCACGAAAGAAUAAUUGGUUGUACCAUCAGAAGAAACACGAGCACAAGGAUUACAUCAGGAAGCCAUCAUCGCGAACGGGCAAGGAGAUGAAUUUCCUGUGUGCGACGUGCGGCGCUAAAUUCUCCAACAACGCGACGUUGAAGAAGCACAUGCUCAUCCACAACGGCAAGCAGUUCAAAUGUGACCAUCCCGGUUGCAUUCACAUGGCACGGACACCUGCCGACCUCAGCGCGCACCGGAGCACGCAUUCGACGGAGAUGAGCUUUCGAUGCGAGCGAUGCGAUUAUCGCGGCAAGUCCAAGCAGCAACUGAAGAGACAUGCGACGAUCCAUGAAUACGUUAAGAAGUAUCAAUGCUCUCGUUGCUCAUUUACGUGCCGAUUGGCGUUCCAUCUGCGUCGGCACGAGCGUAUCCACACCGGAUCGAAGCCGUUCGCCUGCCCUCAUUGCGAGUACAGAUGCAAUAAUUUGGAAAAUUUACGAAAACACGUCUUGUCAACAAACAAACAUCCGGACAAAUGCAUAUACGAAUGCAAGUUUUGCGAAACUGAGGCGCAAUUCACUGGGAACUUUGCGAAGGACUUUAAAGCACAUUUGCUCGCGGAGCACGGUGACGUGUUCAGAUCAGUACGCGAGGCGGCUAGCUACAUUGCCGGAAUCUACGAUUCCAUCGAAGACGUUUCCUCCGCCGCCCAAACGGCCACAACGUCAACGUCGCCGGUUGCGGUGGAGCCAACGGCCGACCCGCUCCUCAAGACGAAUAAAAUUAAUCCCACGAUGCUCGAUGCGGUUGUUAAGAAUGAGGCGCCCUCGCCGACGCUAAUUCCGACGCCGGAAACCACCUUCGAGAAUAAGGGACACCAUCAGGAGGAGCUGUUCCCUAUGUGCAUAAUCGCCAAGGACGAGGUGGUUUACCUCGAUAAGGAAUCCUGGUGCAUGGUCGGCAAUUUCGACGUCGAAGAGUCGGGCACACUGGUUUCCUUCAACGAGGAGGCUGACGCCGAACCGCUCUUCCAGGAGCACUUUUCGUAAACUAUAAAAAGCUUACUAUGGCUAAGGGAAUAGUUUGUCACAAUGGACGGGUUCGACAAAAAUUAUUUCCUUUAUUUCUCUUAUAUUCUUCUUCUCGGGAGAUUACCGGAUUUCCUUCAAAAUAUUUAACUUCUUAACUAGACUUUACGGAGAUCUGGAAUCAACAACAAAUAUAAGCACUAGGUAUAUCGGGCAGACAGUAUUUCAUGUUGAAUAGUGUCAAACCUGUAUUGGGCUUAAAAAAAGAGUCCUGAAACGUGGACAGAUAUAUAUGAUUAAUGUAAUAAGCGUCAAUGACUAUGUCAAAUGUGUAUAUUUAUGUAUAUUGUAGUGAUAUCCUUAGAUUGUGGAUAGUAAGUACCCAAGGGAAGUAGUUAUGUCUAGUAUUACAUUUGUUUGUUCCUUGUAGUUAUUUCGUAUCAUAUAACUUCCGUGACAUUGUGAAAGUAGUGUUGUAUUUGUACGUUUAAAUUGUUAUCCUUGCAAAAUUGUAUUAAUUUAUGGUUUAUCUGGGUGCGCGUGUCCGUUGGCAAUCAGUUAUUGUUUCCCACAUAAGAAUAACUUGGAUUUAUAAUUAAUUCCUGCAAAUGGACAACUUUAAUGCACAGACAAAAAGUUUGUGAGUGCACGAAUGGAAUUUGCAAUAUCUCAUACCUGAUGUCGUAGGAUAACCGUUUUUCACCAAAUUGUGUCUAGCGGGCGAACCUUAUGUCUUAGGACAACCUCUUUUUUACCAAAUUAUAGGUGUAUAGCGGGCGAAUCUUAUGUCGCAGGACAACCGUUUUUUCACCAAAUUGUGUAUAGCGGGCGAACCUUAUGUCACGGGACAACCACAUUUUCACCGAAUUAUAGGUGCCUAGCGGGCGAACCUUAUGCCGGAGGACAACCGUUUUUUCAGCAAAUUAUAGGUGUAUAGCGGGCGAACCUUAUGUCGUAGGACAACCGUAUUUUCACCAAAUUAUAGGUGUCUAGCGGGCGAACCUUAUGCCGGAGGACAACCGUUUUUUCAGCAAAUUAUAGGUGUAUAGCGAGUGAACCUUAUGUCGUAGGACAACCGUAUUUUCAUCAAAUUAUAGGUAUUAAAAUUCCUUAUUAUUUCAAUUAUAAUUUAUGGGUUUAUCCCUAUUGAUACCUACGAAAAUGCCCGAAAAGUACGAUAGUUUAACUGUUUCAAUUAAACAAACAUACUUUCUGUUAUUGCGUUGUUGUUUUCAACUUACGAACAUGGAUUGUUGCCCCUCUAACUGUGGGUCAAUUAUCAAUUCUCGUUCUUGUUUAGUCCGGCUUAGUCGUUCCUGCGCCGUGGUGUGGUGUACACGUGUUUUCUUCAUGAAUCAAACUUUGUGACAAUUGUUAGCGUUACUACAGAUUUUAAUUCUGUAAUUGAACUAGAAUUGGUCGACAUUUAGUACUCGUAAUAACAGACCAGUGUGGUAGUUAUUUGUGGGACGUGCGUGGUGGCCGUCGGAUAAGUACGUUUGCGUGGCUAAGCAUAUUUGUUGUUCAGGUAUUUAAUUUAUGUGAUUGCACGCUGCUGUCUUUAUCAAUCGUGGAUUAAUUCACCUGUGCGUGUCCGUUGGCAAUCAGUUAUCGUUUCGCACAUAAGAAUAACUUGGAUUAAUAAUUAAUUACUGCAAAUGUACAACUUUGAUGCUCAGACAAAAAAGUUUGUAAAUGCACGAAUGGAGUUUGCAAUAUCUAUUGCUGAAGUGUUGGAGAUGUGCAUAUUUUAAGGCAUGUUUUGACUACUCCCGAAUUUACUAGCUGUCGAUAUUUUUUUAUUUAUAAAAUGUAUCUAUUAUUAUUGUUCUCAAUAAAAAACUAUGUAAAAUUA